AAUCGACUCUAUCAGUAGUUGCAACUCUUUGAGGAAUAUGGUCAUGGCUCGGCAAGUCGUAAAGAAUGAAGACAUUCUGCAAUGACAGUGUCUGCACUCGGCAUUCGUACGGGUAGUUUGUUACUGAAUGAUACAGCCAGAUCACCCUCGAUGUCAGGAGAUGCCGUAUUACACACCAUCAACUAUCGGCUUCGCCUGAAUUAUCGGAUCGCACCCCUUUCCACAAUCGCCAUCGUUCUCCACGCUGUAUGGGGCACACCCUGGCGCUCAUAAGAUGCCAUUCUUUAUCACGUGUAUGCUUAUUCUUCUCCCACACGAAGCAGUUCGACGACAGGGUGGAGAUAGGAGGCUGCAAUGGGG